CGAAAGACGAUGUCAAAACGCUUUCUCAUAAAAUUUGUUUGUUGAUGUCCUAUUUUUGUUCAUUUUCUCUCGAUCAAAGACAGUAAAGACGAUAGUCCAUCAUGGAUGAGUUCCAGCAAUUGGAACACUUGUCACUGGUCUCGAAAGUUUGCACUGAACUCGACAACCACUUGGGCCUGAAUGACAAGGAUCUGGCGGAAUUCGUCAUUGAUUUAGCGGCGAAGCAUAACACUUUUGAGACAUUCAAGAAGGCGCUGUUGGACAAUGAGGCGGAAUUUGCGGAUUCCCUAAUUGCAAACCUGUUGAGGUUAAUCCAGAAAAUGGCUCCAAAAAAGCCAAAGAAACAAAAGAAGAAGGAUACAGAUGGGUCAGACGAUGAGUUUGAGAAAGCUGACAAUGAUAAGGAAAUGAAGAGGCAUUUGUUCCCAGGUCUGGCAAUCCCUGAUGAUCCCACUGUCAGGACUAUGCUUCAAGACGAACUCAAAGCAGAUGAUGUUGAAGUCAAGGAAGAACCCAAGGAGGGUGGUUCUGAUCUACAGGUGGCAGCAUCAAUGUUGGGUGAAUUAGAAGCUUUAUUCAAGCAAGAAAAAGAUCCAAAGAAAUCAUCGUCAGAUAAAAAAGAUCGGGAUCGGGACAAAAAAAGACGCAACCGUAGUAGAAGUCGCAGCAGAGAUAGGGACAGGAGGAGAGGACGUUCUAGGAGUAGGUCGCGGGAUCGCAGAAGUCGGUCGCGGGAUAGAGGUCGCAGGGACAGACACAGGAGGGGUGAUUCUCGGGAUAGGAAAAGGCGGAGCGACUCAAGAGACAGAUAUCGGAGUGACUCGAGAGACCGCAGGAGUCGUUCUAGGGACAGAUCUAGACGGAGUCGUUCUCGGGAGCGAAACAGGAGGAGUAGAUCUCGUGAUCGGGAUAGGAGGGGUCACAAAGAUAGAGACUCGGGUAGAAAGAGGCGCGAUUCAGAUCAUGGGGGUGGUGUCGAGUUGGCGACUGAGCCAGAAGUUACAGCUAUUUACGAUGGGAAAGUUACAAGUAUCAUGCAGUUUGGAUGCUUUGUGCAGCUGGAGGGUUUAAAGAAGAGGUGGGAGGGACUUGUACAUAUUUCAGAGUUACGAAAAGAAGGCAGGGUCACAAGUGUUUCAGAAGUUGUUCAGAAAGGUCAAAAGGUCAAGGUUAAGGUGCUAACGUUCACAGGACAGAAAACCAGUCUUUCUAUGAAGGACGUUGAUCAAGACACCGGUGAAGACAUCAACCCACAGCGGACACAACGACUCACAGGCGGUGGAGAAUCGGACGACAUUGUCGCCAGGAAUCCCGACCGCCCCUCGACGCUGCCGCUUGUCAGACUGCCAGAAAUGGACAUCGAUCGAGAACGGCGGAAAGUACAACGGAUCUCGUCGCCGGAAAAAUGGGAAAUUAAACAGAUGAUUGCGGCGAACGUAAUCGACAAGUCGGAAUUGCCCGACUUUGAUGAAGAGAAUGGUUUGUUGCCAAAGGAGGAUGAUUCGGAUGAGGAUGUUGAAGUGGAGUUGGUGGAAGAGGAGGCACCCUUCCUCAAGGGCUACGGCCGACAGAGCUUGCUCGAUCUCAGCCCGGUGAAAAUUGUAAAGAACCCUGAUGGCUCACUUUCGCAGUCGGCCAUGAUGCAAUCAGCCCUGCAGAAGGAACGGCGAGAGAUGAAGCAGGUAGCCAGGGAGGCUGAGAUGGAUGCCGUACCAGUCGGUCUAAAUAAACAUUGGAUUGACCCCAUGCCUGAUGAGGAUGGACGUAAGCUAGCAUCGAGCGUACGCGGUAUGGGUGGGCAGACGACAGAUAUGCCUGAAUGGAAAAAACACAUCACUGGGGGCUCAAAGGCCUCGUACGGCAAGAAAGAGACUAAGUCACUGCUGGAACAGAGGCAGAGUUUACCAAUCUAUAAACUCAAGGACCAACUAGUUAAGGCUGUCCAUGACAAUCAGAUCCUUAUUGUCAUCGGAGAGACGGGCUCGGGAAAGACGACGCAGAUGACCCAGUAUCUUGCCGAGGCUGGCUACGUGGUAAAGGGAAAGAUUGGGUGUACCCAGCCGCGUCGUGUGGCCGCUAUGUCGGUUGCUAAGAGAGUGUCUGAAGAGUUUGGUUGUCGAUUAGGGCAAGAGGUCGGCUACGCCAUGCGUUUCGAAGACUGCACAAGUGCGGAAACGGUCAUCAAAUACAUGACGGAGGGUCUAUUACUCCGAGAAUGUCUCCUGGACCCUGAUCUCACCAACUAUAGCAUCAUCAUGUUGGACGAGGCCCACGAGCGUACGAUACACACAGACGUCUUGUUCGGGCUGCUGAAGAAAGCAAUUGUCAAGAGGAAAGACAUGAAACUUAUUGUGACGUCUGCUACACUUGAUGCUGUCAAAUUUUCACAGUAUUUCUUCGAAGCGCCUAUUUUCACGAUACCCGGCCGCACGUACCCAGUGGAGAUCCUGUAUACAAAGGAAGCAGAGACUGAUUAUCUGGAUGCUUCCAUGAUUACAGUCAUGCAGAUACAUCUGACAGAACCACCAGGUGACAUCCUACUGUUUUUGACUGGUCAGGAGGAAAUCGACAGCGCUUGCGAGAUUCUGUACGAGAGAAUGAAAGCGCUUGGGCCUGAGGUGCCCGACCUCAUCAUCUUGCCCGUAUACAGUGCUCUGCCCAGCGAGAUGCAAACGAGAAUUUUCGAGCCAGCUCCUCCAGGAUCCCGAAAGGUUGUGAUUGCGACGAACAUUGCUGAGACAUCGCUGACAAUCGACGGUAUCUUUUACGUUGUCGACCCCGGCUUUGUCAAACAGAAAGUGUAUAAUUCCAAAACUGGGAUGGAUCAGCUGAUUGUCACUCCCAUUUCACAGGCCCAAGCUAAGCAGCGCUCCGGUCGUGCCGGUAGGACAGGCCCGGGAAAAUGUUACCGCCUCUACACUGAGCGGGCCUACAGAGACGAGAUGUUGAAAACGGCCGUGCCGGAGAUCCAGCGAACCAAUCUUGCCCCGACUGUGCUGUCACUCAAAGCCAUGGGAAUAAACGAUUUGUUGUCGUUCGAUUUUAUGGAUGCGCCUCCGAUGCAGACGUUGAUAUCAGCUAUGGAGCAGCUUCACGCGCUCAGUGCGCUGGACGAUGAAGGUCUAUUGACCAGGCUUGGGAGACGAAUGGCCGAGUUCCCCCUGGACCCCCAGCUCUCCAAGAUGUUGAUCAUGUCCGUACAGUUGGCCUGCAGCGAUGAAGUCCUCACUGUGGUCUCCAUGUUAUCAGUACAGAACGUCUUCUACAGGCCUAAGGACAAGCAAGACUUGGCAGACUCCAGGAAGGCCAAGUUCCACCAGGCCGAGGGGGAUCAUCUGACACUCCUUUCCGUUUAUAACUCGUGGAAAAAUAACAAAUUCUCCGCUCCAUGGUGCUAUGAAAACUUCGUGCAGAUUCGAACGUUGAAACGGGCGCAGGACGUCAGGAAACAGAUGUUAGGCAUGAUGGAUAGGCACAAGUUGGAUGUUGUGUCCUGCGGUAAGAACACCGCUCGAGUCCAGAAGGCCAUUCUCAGUGGAUUCUUCCGUAACGCGGCUAAGAAGGACCCCCAGGAAGGUUACAGGACGAUCGUAGACAGCCAGGUGGUCUAUAUCCAUCCAUCAAGUUCCCUCUUCAACAGACAGCCUGAAUGGGUUGUUUACCAUGAACUCGUACUCACCACCAAGGAAUACAUGAGAGAAUGUACCACAAUAGAUCCAAAAUGGAUGGUCGAAUUCGCCCCAAAAUUCUUCAAAUUUUCUGAUCCAACGCGCCUCUCGAAACAGAAGAAACAACAGAAGAUCGAACCAUUAUACAACAAAUAUGAAGAACCGAAUUCCUGGCGUAUAUCUCGAGCUUUCAAGAAAGUUCACACGAAAGUCACAUUCUGAAGACGUUCUGUUGACUAUGGUGUUUUCGAUGGAAUAUUUGCCUCUGAUCAGUACAUGUUCUCUGUGAAGAGAGUGACAUUUUAAUAUCAAAACACAUCUCAGGACAUUUUAUGGACCAUGAUACUAAUGGCUGCAUGAUCAAGCCAUCUGCCUUGAGGAGCCGCGGUGGUGUAGAGGCUCGGGUGUCUGACAAGCAGUCAUGAGGUCCCGGGUUCAAUCCCCACUGUUGGGGUGAGACUCAAGGCAGGUGUCUUAGCCUUAAAUACCUAUCUCCACUCGAAUGUAUGAAUGGGUUGAAGUCAGAAGUGCUCAGGUUGUAGCACUGAUUGAACUCCUCAGCUGAGUUCUGCUAAAAAGUUUAAGGAUAGACCAGGGACGUCAUUUGAGAAUGUUGUACAUUAUGAACCACUAUAUAAGAACUUGCAUUUACCAUUUUUAGCUCACCUCUUAGCAGAGGUGAGCUUAUCCCAUACCGUGGCGUCCGUCGUCCGUCGUCGUCGUCGUCGUCGUCGUCGUCGUCGUCCGUCGUCGUCCGUCGUCCGUUAGCAGGGCACGUUUCGUAACUGUUAGAGCUAUUGAGUUGAAACUUGGUACGCAUGUACCCUUAUGUAAUGACACCUUGGAGACCAAGUUUCGGUCCGAUUCGUUUCAUAGUUUGGCCACCAGGGGGCCAAACGUUAAAAGUGAAAAUAUGCAAUAUCUCCCUUAAUAGUAGUCGGGAAAUUUUGAAAAAAAUAUGGUAGGUACUUCUAGCAAAGGUGCAUCAUAUAUCCUCCGGGUUUUUGAUUUGACCUCCUUUUCAAGGUCACAGAGGUCAAAUGGUGUAAAUUGGCCGUUAGGAUGUAACGAUGGCACGUUUCUAAACUGCAAUGGCUAUUGAUACCAAAUUUGGUACACAUUUACCCCUUAGUCAGGUGAUCUUAGGGACCAAAGUUUGGUCCAAUAUGAUUCACCACUUGACCACCAGGGGGCAAAAUCCAAAAACCUUAAAAAUGUGAUUAUUCCUUAACUUCU